UAGAAUUUGUCACUGUUCACAGUUCCCAUCUCCUGACUACAAUGGACACAUCAAAAGUCUAUGGCAAUGCUAAGACAUUUAGGUGUCCAGGGUAUAAGCAAGCAUUUUCCCCAUCUCUCUCCUCAGAUGUAUGUCGGUGCCCACACUGGCAUCAUUUGGCUCUGAAAUUUGGCGGUGCUGGACUGAUCCUUCUUCUCUUGAGCCUGAUUGGACUCAGUGUCUUAGUGAGAUUCUUAGUGCAAAAACCACCAAUAGAAAAAUGCAGUGUGGCUGCUCAAGAGAACAGUACUGAACCAACAGGAAAAUCAGCCAUAAUAGAGUGCCCGAGAUAUUGGCAUCCACACUGGAACAAAUGCAUAUUUAUUACUCAAAUUUCCAGAUCUUGGGCAGAAGGUCGAGAUGACUGCUCUAUGAAAGAUGCCAUUUUGUUGCUCAUUGAAAAUAAAGAAGAACUGAGAUUUGUGCAGAACUUGAUAAAGGGAAAAGAACAGUUAUUUUUUGUUGGACUAAAAUAUGUACAGAAGGAGAAGAUCUGGAAGUGGAUAAAUGGCUCUAUUUUAAAUCCUAACCUAUUACAAAUCACUGGCAAGGACCAAGAAAACAGCUGUGCCAUCAUCUCACACACAGAAGUGUUUUCAGAUUCUUGUUCUUCAGACAACCAUUGGAUCUGCCAAAAGACCCUGAAACACAUCUGAAAGCCUGUGUCCUCAUUCCUGAUUGUGAGUCUCAUCUUGAUUACUUCACUGUCUGUAUCAGAUCUCUGCACUGAACAUUCUGUUGGCCCACCCAGUGGAUAGUUAGUGGCACAAAGCAUGGACUCCAAAACCACUGUGACUUUUACAGAUGCUCAUGUCCAGUUUAUUGUGUAAACAUAAAUGUACACAGACACAGAUGUACCAUUCUAGGAGAGGAGUUCUGUAGAAGGAAGCCCAGACUAGCAAGAGGCAGUGGAGGCCUUGUUGCUCUUGCUGAUCUCUGGGUCUAAGGUCAUCUGCAGAGAGCUGUAGAAAACUGUUUGUAAAGUCUGGAUUUUGACCCUAUCCCCAAUUCAAGCUACUUCACAUUUGGGCUGUUGAACCUUGAUUAAAGUCUUGCUCUUGACUGACAGCAAAGGCUCAGAGUUGAGGUGCUUGAGAUGAGAAGAGUUUGAAUUGAUUGACACUCGCCAACUAGUUGAAUAAUAAUGGACUAAUGCUGUGACAGUGAGUGUGACUUUAUGUAAACAGAACUCUGCUCAUAUGAUACCUCCCACCCUGUGGUGAUGUACCAGCAGACUCUGGGCAGAUUCUGGGCCAUGGAUGCUGGGCUUCUCAGUCUCCCGAGCUGCGUGAAAGUGGGAUGUCCUCUUCUUCAGUGCCCUGUUAGUACAGCUAUAACAAUAACACCACCACCACCACCACCACUACCAAUAACAAAAACAAAAAGACCAGUACAGGGACCUGUCUCUUCCCACUGUCCACAGGCAUCCUAUUUUAAUUUUCACAGCACGUCUUUCUUCCACAUUUCUCUAUAAUUUAUAGCUUAUGUACAAAUUAUAGGAAGUAUAUAGCUAAAUAUUGGAUAAUUAUAGUAGGGAAUACAUGAUAGCUUUUUAAUUUUUAAGUUAGAGAAAUUUUCAAAAGUAAGUAUUCUGAUAAAUCUUUUGGAUGUCUUCUUUUCUAAAAAAUAAAACAAAACAAACAAAUAAACCACAAACC